GAAUUGCGAUUCGUCAAACUAAAGCGGCAGUUGAGUGAAGGUGGUUGUUUUAUGAGCAAUUAAGUGUAAAAAAAACUGUACUUAAAACGUACUGAGUUCACUUGCGCUAUGCAUUACAACGUUAAACUUGUUUAAUAUUUAUAAAAAUCGUAAGUGUGCGAAUUCUAUCGAGCAACUUCCGAUAUUAGACCAUUUCCUGACUAGUUAGCCUGCUGCUUCCUUGCAAUAUUAUGAUUCAUCAUAUUUGGUGUGUUGAAGCGCUGGGACUACAGAGGAUUUCGUAACGCGAUGUGAGAGACCAUAUAGAAAUUGUAUAGAGAGGCAGCGGGUGAUAUUCUGUGGGGGGUAAGUGAUGUCGGUCCUGGGGGCUGGGGGGGUCCUCCGCCGGUCGCACGCGGCAGGACUCGCAGCUCUCGCCGCCCUCUUAUUAUUGUUACUGGCGACGCGGGCCCCCGUCCCUCCUCCUCCCCAGCCGAGGCCCCUCCGUCUCCCCACUCCUUCCUCCACACAUAUCGAUAAACCUCAUUCUCAGACUUCCCCAGCUCCUUCCGAGGCCCCGUCCUCGCAUCCAUCCCCGAAAACCACCAAAGUCAUCAACAACAAAGUCAACACCACCGGUGUGGUGUUGGUCCGUGAUGUCUACGAGGCAGGUCAUGAGCGACCCCAUCCGGAACUGUGUCCUGCUUUAGGAGCGAAAUUAAAAUUACUAAUACUAGUAACAUCAGCGCCCUCGCACUCCUCCGCCAGGGACGCCGUAAGGUUGACGUGGGGUCAUUACGCGGCGAGGAAGGACAUCGCAUUGGCGUUCGUCCUCGGAGCACCGCCGGAGUCGCUCCGAGCGGCCGUGGAGGCCGAGGACGCGUUGUACGGAGACCUGAUUGUGGGUCGGUCGAUAGACUCUUAUUCGAAUCUCACCCUCAAAACGAUCUCGAUGCUGGAGUGGGCGGACACCUAUUGUCCGCGAGCCCCGCGGCUCCUUAAGACUGACGACGACAUGUUCAUCAACAUACCUCGCCUGCUGUCCUUCACGGCGGCGAGGGCGAACGCCACUAAAACUAUCUGGGGGAAAGUGGUCAAGAAAUCGCUGCCGAAACGGACGACUAAAUCCAAAUAUUACGUGUCCCCAUUGCAAUUCCCGGGGCGGGUAUUCCCCGAUUUCGCGACCGGCCCUGCCUACUUGCUGACGGCUGAUGCUGCCCGGCUUCUCCUGGCGGCGGCGCCGGCCGAGAGGUACCUGCGUUUGGAAGAUGUGUUCAUCACUGGCGUACUAGCCGCCAAGCUCGGCCUGGCUCGCUCGCAUGCGGCCGAGUUCUACAAUAAGAAGGUCGCACCACACCCGUGUGCCGUCCAGAGAGGGAUCGCCAUACACAUGGUGCAAUACCACGAACAAUUCGAUCUAUGGCGUAAGCUGCUCGACGGUAAGACGAAGUGCAGAUAACUGCGACCAGCGUGGCCCAACCUCGGCCGGCAUCGGCCAACAUCGAGGAUAUUAUUUUUGUACUGUAAUUUUUAUUUAAAAGAAUAAACACUUUUUUUAAUAGUUCGAUACAAACGUAUGCCAUAAAUGUUUUGUGGAUGUCUAAGUCGAACGAUCUCACCUGUGGGUAGUUCGGUAAUACUCAACGUGGUUUUUUUUAUUGCUUUUGCAUAUUUAUUGACAAAAUCUAUAUUAUUUCGUAGUAUAAUUACAAUUUAUAUGGAUCUAAUAUAAGCAAUCUUCGAAAUCACUACACACUUAUGCAUGUUAUCAUAGUGACAUGAAUGCGGUUCGUUAAAACAUAAACAUUUCUAUCUACAAUCCAUCUACAUCUACAACAAGCACUCGCUGCUAGAUUUAAACACGCUAUAAUAUGCUAGCACAUUACCUGAUCUCGUGAAUUUUUCAAACAUAAAGCUGAAUCCUGUCCCUUCACCUCAUCUCCUCAUUUCGUCUCAUCUUCACUGGGAAGCCACAUAAACUAUUAUUUUUAUUUCGCUCUAAGUUUUAAAGUUAGAGGAAAGUUAUUAUCUCCUAACCUAGCUAAUUUCUUAAGGAGUUCCUUCCAUAUCGCUGCCACUGCUAUACUACGAGUAAUUUAGCUUUAAAUUAUUCUUCCAUGUGUGAGAACAAUGGGCCACUGCAUUAAAUUCAUUCUCAUUUCUUCUUUCCAAAUCUUUUUCUCAUUUUGUAAUAUAACAACCACAGUCAAAAUCCUAUCACAUCCCUCUUAAUACGCAACAUGUUUCUUUCAAGACAAGGGAUUCUCUUCAUCAUAGUUUUGUUUGAAGAGGAUCAUCUUUCUGGCUGAUUUCGUUCCUAUGUAUUUAUUUGUAAUUAUGAUACGAAUGAAACAGUCUCGCAGCCCUCGACGUUUCCACCUCACGAACAUAUUAUUUUAUAUGUCUUUUGGUACAAUAUAUAUUGUAUUAAGUACAGAACUGUACUGGAUGGUACAAAUGACACUAGGUAAGGAUUAGUUUAAUAGAGCCGCUGCUCGACCGGCUGUGCCGAAAACGAUGAUGCUCGUGUGAAACGAAAGGCGGCUCUGAGACCUCGCUCUGGACGGAGUGUGUGUGGGUAUAUUGUUCAUACUAGAGGUACACUGUCCCGAGUGUUAGUGAUGAGUAAAGCCACAAGACCACACGUUCAGAGCGACGUAAAUCUUCUCGUAUGAGUUGUAGAAUCUCGACAUAUAUGUGACAAGUUAAUGACCUUUAUAUAGUUAUGUUAUAAUGGAUUGUACACGAUUUAUAAAUACUUGGCUCGGAUGUUGUAAAUAAACAGCAAAAUAUACUCUUGUGUACAAAA